GCGAGGGGGCGGCGUGAGUCAAACCGGAGCGGGCGGGGACCGCGGGACGAGCGGGGACGGGCGGGGACGGGCGGGGACCGCUGGGCAGACCGUACAGUCGGCGCGCCCCGCACUCCGCUCGCCUCCCCGCUCGCCUGCGCCUCGCCCUCCGACGCGGCAACCAUGUCUGGCCCUACCGAGACCGAACGCUGCAUUGAGUCUCUGAUUGCAGUUUUCCAGAAGUAUGCCGGCAAGGACGGCAACAACUGCCAGCUCUCCAAGACGGAGUUCCUGAGCUUCAUGAAAACAGAACUGGCUGCCUUCUCACAGAAUCAAAAGGAUCCUGGCGUCCUUGACCGCAUGAUGAAGAAACUGGACCUUAAUUCCGAUGGGCAGCUCGAUUUUCAAGAAUUUCUUAAUCUCAUUGGUGGCCUGGCCGUCGCCUGCCAUGAAUCCUUUCUUAAGUCUGCCCAUUGCAGGAAGUAACACUGAGGAGCGCCAAGCCUGGCCUUGACCCCCACAGCUUUUCUAUCAGCCUCUUGUCAUCGUGUCCUCUUCAACCCACACAUCCUGAGCCCAACACCCCACCACCCUUUUCAGCUACUCUUGCUGGUAUUAAUAAAAACAGAUUUUUUUUAAAAACACA